AUGGAAAGUGAGAAAUUUCAAAAAGAGAAAGUGGUGAAAGAGAAAACGGUAGGCAGACAAGAGACAGCGCCGAUCAGGUACACGGGAUUCAUAGGACAAUGUGAAAGGGAUUUCACUGAGUCUCAUUUGGAUACGUCUCCACAAAGAAUUUAUUCAGAAUUAGGUAGUAUUAUUGUGGAUGAAAUUGAUAAGUAUAGAAAGGGAGUUGAAGAUGAUGCACCGAUUUCUACGGUAGCGAGUAAGAAAUUACAAAAAGAUUACGUUACCACAGAUGAGGCCGUAAAAAUUAUUAACGAUCAUAGAGAGAAGAAUUUCGAAGAGGAACGAAUUCCUUAUAAAAAAUAUGACCCAUAUAUGGAAUGGGAAGCUAUAGAAAAGGAUGCGGUAAGAAUGGAGAAAACAAAGCGUCGUUUACACGGCGGAAUCACAUGA